UUCAGGAAGUAAAUGCAAUUUUUGAGACAAGCAUGUAUUCACCCCGCUGCAUAUUGCAAAAUUAACACCGAAGAGUAUGGCAUAUAAACCUAACGAAACAAACAAUUGUAUUUACAAUUUAUUACACAAGUUGCAUUUUAUAUGUGUGUAUCUAUACUAUCACUGCCAAAGAUGCUAGACAUCCAAGACAAGAUAUGCGAAGUGAAACCAUGAAGGUCGGCACUUUUAAUGUAACAUUUUGAUUUACCCGUGCCAUUUAUCAUACACAGAUUUAUCUUGCAACAAGGGAUACCUCUCUAAGAACUUAGCUAUAGCUGAACAUCGUUCACGAGCCAUCCUGAUCCUGAAUGCAAUCAAGGCUUUUGCACAAAACAGAACACAGUCGGUAAAGCAUGUUCCAUUGACGAAUACUUUUGGGGCGUACACGUGCUGAACAAGGAGAGUGCCAACUUGCCAGUCGAUCUUGGAGGCAGCUAUGCCAUGCAAACCCAUUUUAUGCUGGGCCUCCCUGAGAUCAUUGAGAGGGAUCCUGCCUGCUUGUACAGCUAGCCUGAUUCGGGGGUGUCAUGUGUGGUACUCAUCCCGCUCCGACUCGGGCCCUUCUGGUCGUGGUGCACUGGGCAAAGAGCACCCAUCCACCUUAGCUGAAGAAGUAGUGCCACACACACCUGUGAUGCUCAAAGAGGUGCUGCACUGUUUGAAUAUUCAACCUGGCCAGGUGUUCCUAGACAUGACCUUUGGGGGUGGGGGUCACACCAAGGCCAUUGCCAAAGCGACCCCAGAUGUGACAGUACUGGCCCUAGACAGGGACCCCACCGCCUUCUCACUGGUCCACCAACUGGCUGAGGAGCACAAGGGUCGAGUGCGGCCCCUGCUGGGUCGUUUCAGUGAGCUGGAGGUCCAGCUGGAUGAGUGGGGCCUGAGGCCGGCCAGUGUGGACGCGGUGCUGCUGGAUGCAGGCUGCUCCUCCAUGCAGAUGGACCGUCCAGAGCGUGGCUUCUCCCUCAGCCAGGACGGACCUCUGGACAUGAGGAUGGAUGCCAACAGGUAG